ACUACUACUACUACUACUACUACCCUAUAAUCGAAUACAUAGUAGUAGAAUUCUGAUAUUUGUUCUUUUUCACUACCUCACAAAGUUGGUUGCUCAUAUUGAAAAAUCUACAAUAUUAUAUAAUUUAUUCACAUUUAUCCAUCGAUUAAUCAGUCUAUUGUGUAUACAAAACUCUAUACAACAGUAUUUACAUCCACAUAUAUACCAGCCAAUGCCUAUAGACAUAUAGAAAUUAUCACCAAUGUACACAUAUUGCUCUAAUGAAUGAAUGAAUGAAUCAACUGUUAAUGGGAACAUAUCAAACUAAUUUAAAUAAUACAACGAAAGAAUUAUUAUUAUCAUCUCAAUCACCGUCAUCAUCGUCAUCAUCAUCUUUAACAUUACCAGUAUCUUCAUCAUUCACAUAUCGAUUAAUCGAACAAAAUGAUAAUGAGGAUAAUAAAUUCAUACAUCAUGCUCAAUUGAAUUUCUUGAAUAAAAUAAAGCCAUUAACAACAAUAACAACAACAAUACCAACGGUAACCAAUACUGAUGUAACGAAAAGUCUUCCAUUUACCAAUAUACUAUCAGAUCAAUCAAAUAUGAUAAAUAAUAAUAAUAGUAAUGAUCAAUUUGAUGGUACACACGACUUGAAUCCGUUAUCUCUAUUAGAAAGUGCAUGUUCAUUAGCUUGUGAUUAUUCACCAUUAUUUGCAUUAACAAAUUCAUUACAUAAUUUUAAACCAGAUAAUAUUAUUACAAUUAGUUCCAAUUCAACGGUAACUAUCACUCCUCCUCCUCCUCCUCCUCCUCCUACUACUACUACUACUAAUACUACUAAUAAUAAUACAAGUCUAAUUCAUUAUCCAACUAAAGAUUUACAAAUAUUACAUAAAAAUAAUAAACGUAAUACAGGAUUACGUAAUCGUACUAAAUCUACCUUUAAAAAUCAAGCAUCAUAUAUAAAUCCCAUUAAAAAUGUAACCAAUCUAUCUGCUUAUGAUAAUCAUAAUCAUCAUCAUCAUGAUCAACAAACAAUAACAUGGUCAAAUGAUCUUAGUAACAAUAAUCAUGAUGAGAACUUAUUGAAAUCAGAUAUAACUACCACAUCAUUAUCAAAUACAAUGAAUCAUAUUACUGAUAUAUCUUAUAGUCAUAAUAAAACGAUGGAGAAUUUGACUAAUUCUAAUAUAAUGACUGAUAAUAUUCAAUGGUUACCUAAUAAUAAUGUAUGUCGAAGAGAUUACAAUUCAUUAUGUAAUAAUGAUCAAUUAACUAACUUCUAUAGAUUUUCACCAUCUUCCAAUUCAGGUAAUUAUGGUUUACAUAAUCCAGAAGUUAUCCCAUUAUAUAAUGAAUUAAGAAAUUGUGAAACUAAUAUGGAACAUUCACGAUUUGAUACGAACUUAUUAAUGAAAUGGAAAACUGAUGAAAUUAAUAAACAUGAAAGUAACUGUAAUCAUAAUGAAUACUAUACUGAGGAUAGUCGGCAUCAAUUAGCAAGUACUACACAUGAUUAUUUAAAAAUAAAUGAUAAUAUUUUAUCAACUAAAGUUUAUAAUCAAGAAUUAAUCCCAUGUAAACAAAAUAAUUCACAUAAUAACUUACUUCAUUGUAAUUCUAUUGAUGAAACCUGUGAAAAUAAGACAAAACAGUCUAUAGUAAAUUUACAAGAAAAUACAUUCUCAGAGAUGAUAUCAAAACAACAUGGAAAUUAUUAUGAGAAUAUAAGAACAAAUAGUAUACAACAAAGAACUAUGGAAGAAGAUAUUGAUCAUAGCAAUGAUGUAUUAUAUAAUUCAAUGAAUUUACCCUAUUUUAAUCAUUCUAAUUCAUUUCCUAAUUCCACAACGGACUUAAGUAAGAUUAAAACAUUUGUAAAACCUUCGGAUGGAUUAUUGCAUUAUUCAACGUCUAAUGAUAAUAAUUUAACUAAUUUUGCGAUCCAUUCAAAUUCAAACUUAUUUACAAUGAAUGGUAUAAGCAAUGUAGAUCAGAUACUGGAUACAACCAAUUCAAGUGUAGAUACUGAUCAGAUAAGAAUGAUUCCAGAUGAAUUCUCAAACAAUCAUAAUACAUUUUCAAGAGGAUCAUCAGUUAAAACAUCAUUGACUGGUUUAUCACAACCUACAUCAUUAACAGACCCAUCGGCACAGAUGAGUGGGAUUCAUUUCAAUAAUGAAACUUCUAAUAGCCAUAUAAAUAAGACAGAUUAUUUCAAUUCCCCUAAUAAUGAACCUUAUUUACCGACAUAUAUGAAUCCCAUUCAACAAUCUGUAUACUGGCAACAACAACAACAACAAGAACGUCAUCAUCAAAAAGAACAUCAAUCAGAUCAAUAUAAUCAGCAAAUUAAUUUACUGACUUCGACCAAUUCCCUAAAUAAUAUUUCUCAUUCCGAUUCAAACACGGAAUCGCUACUUCAUAAACAUGAAUUAAAAUCUUCUAAUAUGAUGUUUAUGAAUCAUGUUAGUGAAUUAAUGAAUGUAUAUAAUAGUAAUAGUAGUAAUAAUAAUAGUAGUAUACAACCCUCUUCUAUGGAUGCAGUAACAAGUAGUAUUGUAAAUGAAAAAUCAAAUCUACAUCCCUAUGAUGAGCAUCAUUUUAAUACACUUUUACAUAUCAAUCCUAAUUUAAUUGAAUCUUCAUCAUGUUUAUUUGAUUCAUUAGUAUAUAAUCAAAACUCAACAGAUUUUGCCAAUAAUAACAACAAUAAUGUUGUUUGUCACAUGAAUUCCAUAUCAGAAUCAAUUCCUAGAAUAAAUGAUCAUAUCUCAGUUGAUUCUUCAAUAUCAACUAUGCCAAUUACAUCAUCUCCUUCAUCCUCCUCAUCAUCAAGUUUGUUCAAUGGAAUGUUACAACAAUUAACCUUACCAUCUAAUUCAUCUUUAUCAUCAAUUUCUUCUAUUACACAUACAACAUCUACAACAAAUGUAUCAUCAUGUAAAUUACUUUCAUCAAUAGGAAAAUAUCAACCAAAUAUAUCAUCUGAUGAAUUUAUCAAUAUGACUGAAUCAUGUUCACCAUCUUCUUCAACAUGUAUUCUAUCACAAAUUCAUGGAUUUAAUGAAUCAUUAACAACUAUGAAUGGAAUGGAUUAUUUCACAAAUAAUAAUAGAAUUGAUGAAACAAUACAUACAACUAACCAUGGAAACAAUAAUCAUAAUAACAAUACAAUGACAAAUGAUACUACUACUACUAAUAAUAAUAAUAGUCAUAACAAUAAUAGUAGUACAAUAAUUCCUGGAACUGGUGAUUAUCCAUCAGCUGAUGAUUUAGAAAUAUUUGCUAAAAUGUUUAAACAACGUCGAAUUAAAUUAGGUUAUACACAAGCUGAUGUUGGUUUAGCAUUAGGUACAUUAUAUGGUAAUGUAUUUAGUCAAACAACUAUAUGUCGUUUUGAAGCAUUACAAUUAUCAUUUAAAAAUAUGUGUAAAUUAAAACCAUUAUUACAAAAAUGGUUAUAUGAAGCUGAUUGUUCUACUGGUACAACAAAUAAUUUAGAUAAAAUUACAACACAAGGACGUAAACGUAAAAAGCGUACUAGUAUUGAAAUUGGUGUAAAAGGUAUAUUAGAAAAUCAUUUUAUUAAACAACCAAAACCAUUAGCCCAAGAUAUUAUACAAUUAGCUGAUGUAUUAGGUUUAGAAAAAGAAGUUGUAAGAGUAUGGUUUUGUAAUAGAAGACAAAAACAAAAACGUUUAAAUCCAUUAUUACUUGGUUCAACAUUUGAUUCAAAUGAAGAUAGUACUUGUAGAAGUGAUAAUAAUGAUGAUAGUUAUGAUGAAGAUGAUGAUGAAGAUGAAGACGAUGAAGAAGACGAGGAAGAAGAUGAAGAAAUGCAUGAUCAAUUAGCAAUAAAGAAUAACAAGAAUAAUAUAUGCAAUAGUAACAGUAAUAAUGAUGAUGAGAAACAUUUUGAUGUUAUUAUCAAAGAAAAACAAACUUCUGCUGAUCAUGAAAUGAAUAAUGAUAUAAACUAUAGAAAAUCAGAGAAGAUUCUAGAAAAUGAACAUAAUCUAUUUGAUAAUGAAAACAAUUCUGAUCUAUGUAGUAAUCAAUCAUUUCGACAUCAUUCAAUUAAACGUACUAAACGUCGUCUAAAUCAAUCACUUACACCUAUACAUUUUAAUUGUAAUUAUAUGAAUGAUCAAUUAUUAAAUGAUCCUAUUCAUAAUUUAUAUGGAACAACAUCAUGUUCAUCGUUAUUAUUAUCAUCAUCAUCACAAUCAUCACCACCACCACCAUCGACGACGACGACGACGACAGGAGUAAUACCAUCAUCUUUACUUCCUUCAUUACAUUCUACAUUUCAUGUAAGUAAUUCAAAUCAAUUAUUUCCUUCGGACUAUCCUACUUAUUGUAAUAAUAGUAGUAAUAGUAAUGGUACUAAUCAUCAGUCUCUAUUACAUAAUAUAUCUUUAAAUGAUACAUCCCAACAUCUAUUACGUACAGAUUAUAUUCUACAAAAAUAUCCAUAUGUAAUUACAGACAAUGAAAAUAUGAAUGAUAAUAAACUAAUGAAUGAAUCUUUAAAUCUACCCUUAAGAUUAUUUAAUACAAAUUCGAAUACUACUACUAAUAAUACUAAUAAUAAUAAUGUAUUAUAUGAUACAUGUGGAUCAUUUAAUGAUAAUCAUUCAAUCAAUAAUCAUUCAAUGAUUGGUUAUUUAACUAUAGAACAAUCAAUAAACAAUAAUAAUGAUAGUAAUAAUUCCUUUUUAUUAUCUAAUCAUGUUCAUUUAAACUCAGCUACUGGUAUCCCAUCUCCAUUUCAUAAUAGUAAUAGUACUACUACUACUACUAAUAAUAAUAAUAAUAGUAUACCAGAUCUAUUAAAUUAUCAUCAUCGACUAGAAGAUAUGUCCAAUUUAUCAACAACAACAACAACAACACCAACAACAGCACCUAUUACAUCUUUAAAUAAUCUUGAUCUAAAUGAAAUAUCAACAUAUCAAGAUGAGAAUUUAACUAGAAAUAAUUUAUUGAAUGAUAUAAAUUUAAUAUCAAAUUGUAUAGAUGAUCAAAUAACUAAUACAACUAAUAUUGAUAUGAAUUUAAAUGGAUAUAAUACUGAACAGUUACCAAUAACAGCACCACUACCACCACCACCACCAUCACCACCAACAACAACAAUACCAACGGUAGCAACAAUGAAUACAUCCUUAAUUCCUAAUAUUUUUAUGCAUUCAAGAAAUAUGAAUUCAAUCUCAGAAUAUAAUAGUAAUAUCAAUGAUAAUUUAUUUAUUUAUUCACAAUCAAAUCAAUAAAAUCAGAAAAGAGAAAACACACACACACAAAGUUUUUUCCCAUAGAUUGAAAUAUAACUAAAUUAUUUGCUCAUUUUCAAUCAGGUGAGUUGGGAUGGUGACUAUGAAAGGGAAAUUUACUUUGUAUUUUGUUCGCAUAUUCCUCUUUUAUUUUGGAUUAUCGAAAGAAGAGGAAAAAAAAUAACCGUAUACAAAUAUAAUCAAUCUAUCUAUCUAUCUAUCGAUUACACAAUGUCUUUCUGAAGUGAAAUUAUUUUCUAAGAUUUGUUUAUACAUUUAUAGAUGCGUACACUGGUGAACGGAGGGGGGCUUGUAUUAAACACAAAGAAUCAAACAUUAAAUAAUGAAUUAUUAACAGUAUAUUUUUGGAUCCGAUUAUCAGGGGGGGGUUUCUAUGCUUAAUUCUUUGAAAAUCAUUAGUAGAUCAUGUAUAUUGUUGUUGUUUUUUUUCAAUUCAUUGUUUAUAUACAGUUUAAUCGUAGAUUAACUUCAAUGGACUAACAUAGACGAUUGACUAAAUUGACAUUCUUUGAUUUUGUAAAAAAAAUUCUCUUCAUACUACUUAAAUUUAAUUAUAAACUAAUAAUGAUAUCAAGAGUAACCAAUGAUUCCAAUGUACUUACUUACUUACUUAUUUACUUACGCCUGUUACCCCUCGUUGAGGAGCAUAGGCCGCUCACCAUUCUAAUGUACAUAGUGAAUAAAUAACCAUUAUAUUACAUUGUAAUAGACUACUUAUUUUACAUACUUUCAUAAUUUGUUUAUCUAUCUGUACAAUCAAUCAAAAUAGAAUAUUGACUUGAUUAUUCGAAUGAUUAUUAUAAUACUUGGAAACUCAUAUUACUAUUACUACUAUUAUUAUUACUAUUGUUACUAUCCAAUAUUACCAAUGAUUCUUAUCACCUAAUACAUAAAGAACAAAACAAAUUAACAAAUAAUCAACAAGGUGUAAAUAAAUUGACGGUCAUUUACUUCUCUUUUUUUUGUUUUCUUUUCUUGUGUGUGUACGUAGGUGGUUUGUCUUUUCUUCAUCUCCUUUUAUACAUGCGUUUUAUAUAUUUUUUGGCUUAUUCCGAAUGAUGUUCCAAUGAUUUCUAACUGAUCUUAAUAUUGUGCUUGUUUGUUUUCUUUUUACAAUUCCAUAUCUGUAUACAGUUGGACAGUAGUUACUUGGAUGAUAUUCAAUGAUAAUAUACUGUGUAAUUGAAACGUAUAGAUUUUAAUGUUAUGAAUGAUCAAAUAUAAAUAACAAUACUGUUAGUUUCAUUU